AUGGCAAAAGGCAUGGCCCAUCAUCACCUUAGUAAAGGGCCGGGGAACUGCGAAGGCAUGAAAUCGCCAAGCAUGUCUCGGGACGCCAAGGCGGCUUCAGCCAGCGUCAGCAGCCGCAAGAUGCGCGUUGCUGUCAAGGCCCGGAAGCUCUUGGAGACGCCUGCCUGA